AUGUCGGCGUCAAGCUUCACGCGCAGUGCGUCUGCGCUUCUGGGCGGUGGUGUUUCUGCUGGCCCUCCAAGCUGGUCAAGACCUCGUGAGAAUUCAGGAGCGGCAGAAGAGACCUUGCUCUCGCGCGUCAGUUCGCGGAGACAGGUGGAUAGCCAGUCUGUGCAACGACGCCUUCGCGACGAGGCAGUCGAGCAGCUCAUGCAAAGAUUCACGCCAAAAAUCAUUUGCCUUUGCUUUGUCGGCCUGUUUGGAAUCGCUGUAGCUUCUUUUGCUCUGGUGAUCGUCUUUUGGCGUGCCUUCUUCGCAGCACUCGCCUAUGGAUCGCUUCCAUGCGACCAGCCAAUGCUGAGAUACUACAUGGUCUUCAGCAUUCUCAUAGGUAGAAUAUCGGAGCAGCUCUCCGCAAAAGCUAGCCGCUACAUGCAGGUUCGCGGCAUGUCAACGCGAUCUGUAUGGGUGUCAACGACCUUGACUUCAUUAAUUCCCGGAUGGAUCACGAUGAUGUGGGGCUACACCCUGAUCCAGGGGUCUUCCACAUGCCGGACGACGAAUCCGCACUUAUUCUUUGACACACGAACCUACGUGUAUUUUCAGAUAGCAGCUUCCCUAGCAUACCUUUUGUUGGGUAUUCCGCUGAUCCUCUUUGCGCAUCGCUUCUUGCUGGCCAUCCGAAGUCUUAAUUCUGGCGAGGGUGUUCGAGGCUGCGCUGCAAUGAUCAAGGAUCUUCCGAAGAUACCAAGCGAUAGCCCGGAGCUGCAGGACCCUGAAGAUGGCAGCAUAAUGGAGUGCAGCAUUUGUUUGGUGUCCUUCUCCUCGCUGACAGUUGUGCGGACGCCGUGCAAGCACUAUUUUUGUGAGCCUUGUCUUACGAAAUGGUGCAAAGCGCAUGUGACCUGUCCCCUGUGCAAAAGCCUCGUGGCAGAUCCGGGACCCCUGUCUGCCGACUCCUCCGAGGAAGUUUAG